UGUCCAAGUCUAUCACAAACCAUACACCGUAAUUUUGGUUAAAAUUCCUUUGAGCCCAGUAACUCAACCCCCCCUCCGGUAAUGUUAAUCCCGUCAGAAUGGGCGUGUAGACGGUCAAAAACAACUACCGUAGCCCACUGUUGUUGUUUUUUCUCUCUCCUGCUGGGGCGGGCAAAAUGUGUGCGAGCCAAAAUGUCACGGGCACCUCGAGGGUGCUUUAUUGACUUGACCUCGUUAAGAGGCGGGUGCAGCGAGGGACGGCUCCAGACGGGAUUCAGACACUGCCCCCCCCCCCUCCGUCAUCCAGUGGAGCCGAACGGUGGCUGCGGCGGACUCUGACCCAACCAGGCGCCAUGUGAUUUCCAUCGGCGUGUGCGUGUUGGGAAGGUGAUCUGCCACCGACCUGUGGGGCGAGAUAACAGCGGGUCGUAUACAGCACCUCCGGCGGCUCGGGAGACGCAUAUCUUCAAAAUUCCCAACUCCCUUUGGGCAGAGCGUUCCUUCUUCCUCUUCAGCGUUUCACCAGACUGAUCCGGCCGCAGCAUGGCUCUGCUCGUCCACAUGCUGGCCUGUGCCUUUGGCCUGGGCUCUUGGGUGGCAGUGAACGGCCUGUGGGUGGAACUGCCGCUCAUCGUCAACACGCUCCCUGAGGGAUGGGAGCUCCCCUCGUACCUGACGGUCAUCAUCCAGCUGGCCAACCUGGGACCUCUGCUGGUUACUCUCAUGCACAAACUGUGCCCGGGUCGUCUUAAAGAGCAUGUUGUCAUUUACCUCAUCCUCUCCAUCGGUGUCCUUUCCUGCAUCCUGCUUGCCUUCUUCUGGGACAAGACUAUGAUUGUGGCCGGGGAAUCACAUAGCACCGCCUUCUUCAUCAUCACGUUCUUCCUCUCCCUGGUGGACUGUACCUCCUCGGUUACCUUCCUGCCUUUCAUGAUGCAGCUUCCAGCAAAGUACAUCACCACAUAUUUUAUCGGAGAAGGGCUAAGUGGUUUCAUUCCCGGCGUAGUCGCUUUGGCACAAGGCGUGGGCAUCGCCAAGUGUGUCAACUCCUCUCAGUCUGUAGCGAACCAGACAGAUGGAAACAUGUGGUCCGUACACACACAGUAUCUUCCCCCAAACUUUUCCACCGAGGUGUUUUUCUUCUUCCUGGCAGCCAUGAUGUGCAUAAGUCUGGCUGCUUUUACUGCGCUGAACAGGCUUCCUCGGACAUACGAGCUGUCCUCUGAAAACCUCGUCCCAGACGCUGUGGCAUCUGUCGGCUCUGGCCUGGACAACCCCGGAGCAGAGAGUGACGGAGAGCGUGUGAAGUGCCAGGGUGAAGGUGCAGCCCAGUGCAGGCCUCUGCUGGCCGGGCCGGAACACUCCGUUUACCAGCUGACCUUCAUCUACUUUCUGGUGGUGUGGGUUAAUGCCGCCACCAACGGCCUGCUGCCCUCUGUGCAGACGUACUCCUGCAUGCCCUAUGGUAACCUGGCCUAUCACCUCUCUGCUGCUCUGGCAUCAGUGGCCAACCCAAUGGCCUGCACCAUCGCGAUGUUCUUCCAGAACAGGUCACUGGUGUUUCUUGGUGUGCUGACGGCGUUGGGGACGGGAUUUGGCAGCUACAACAUGGCUAUGGCAGCUAUGAGUCCGUGUCCCUUGCUCCAAGGAUCUGUGGCGGGAGAGAUCGUCAUUGUGCUCUCAUGGCUCCUCUUCACUGGCACGCUGUCGUAUGUCAAAGUAAUGGUGGGCGUCAUCCUCCGAGAUCGGAGCCACAGCGCCCUGGUUUGGUGUGGAGCUGCGGCGCAGAUGGGCUCACUAGUCGGCUCGGUCACCAUGUUCCCGCUGGUAAACGUCUACCGGCUGUUUAAGUCGGGAGACUUCUGCAGCACUGAAUGUCCUUUAUGACAGUUAGUCUGAGAACCACAGUACUGAAAGGAGGCUGGAGAAACUUUGAAGCCUCCUAGUUCGACAUUUUGGGAAUUAAGCUUAUUCGGUGUCUUGGAGAGAGUUAGAUGAAAAGAUCGAUACAACUCUCAUAUCUGUGUGUUACGUAUGGCGCUAGAGGUGGGGGUCAGUUAGCUUAGCUUAGCAUAAAGACUGGGAGCAGCCGCUAGCCUGGCUCUCUCCAACGUACUAAAAUCCACCUGCCAGCACCUCUAAAGCUCGCUACUUAACAUGUUGUGUCUUGUCGGUUAAAAUCGAGCACAAACCGAAAUAUAUAAAAACGACAUGUUGUGGUUUUAUGGGGAAUUUCUUGACAACCACACGCCGUGUCCGGACCGAGAUAUAUCUCCAGCCAGCAACUUCCCAUGAAACCACAACUUGUCGUUUUUACAUUUUGUUUUUUGUACAGAUUAAACAAAACGAGAUAUGACGUGAACUAAUGAGUCUUAAAGGUGCUGGUAAACUGAUUUUAUUACCUUUAGACAGAGCCAGGAUAUCCGCUUCCCCCCUGGAUCCAGUCUUGGUGCUAAGCUAAGCUAACCGGUAGCUGGCUGUAGCUUCAUAUUUAAGGUACAGUCUUGAGAUGUUCUACUGAUCUUCUCACUGAACUGUCCGCAAGAAAGCGCAUGAGCGUAUUUUCUCAAAAUGUAGAACUAUUCCUUGGAUGUUCUUCCGCAUCCUUCAGCCUUUUCUUUUUUGUUUUUCUAAAAAAUUUAAAUAUAAGAAGUUCAACACUGAAAUGUAGCUCUUUAAUCAUUCUCUUGCCAAACAGUGCAUUGCACCAGUGAUGAAACUGUUAGCUUGUUUGCCCAGCAGAUGGCGCAAGCACACUUCCACAAUCUGUUACUCCACAUUCUGCAGGCACCCACUGACCUCAAUCCCUGCACACGAAACACAUGUAUUCUGUGUACCUGAGAAAAUAAAGCGAAGAAUUUAAUGCUGAUGUUUUUACACCUAUUAUAUGGCAUAUUAACCUUCAAAUAAAAUCAAAUUCCUGCAAGUAUAAAAUGUAAAAUGAUUGUAAAAACAGAUUGUUGAUGCAUUUUACCGCUGUGAAUAUAACAGAGAGGCAGUCAGGAUAUGGCUACAUAUGGUAUUAUACUACCUACUCCAGCUCAGGAAGAAUAGGUGGGGUGUAAUGUAGUCGUCUCGCCCUUGUGAAAUGCAGGUGCAUGCGCUACACAGAAUGUGAACGACAUCACACAGCACAACGCAAGUCCUGCACUAAAUAUGAACUUGAAUAGUUGUUGUUUUGUACCAACUGGUGGAAAAUAACUAAAUUGAUUUACUCAAGGGUCAUUCUUAAGUACAUUUUUGAGGUACUUGUACUUGAGUAUUUUAAUCUUUUGUUGCUUUACACUUUACGAAGGGAAAUAUUGCACUUUUUACUACACAUGAAUUUUGACAGCUAUACUUACUAGUAAUUUACAGAUUCAGAUAAUACAAAAAUAUAAUCAACUAAUAAAUUAUGAUGUAUUACUAUAUAUUAAGCUUCCGACUGUAAUAUUUUGUCACCACCCCUGUAAACUGACUAUUAUGUAGUCCAGCAGAUAGUUUCAAAUUUAAUUAA